AUGAAUUCCAAUAAGUGCUUACCUGAACUGGUGGCGGAGAAAAACACCCUGGACCCCUCUUUUGUGCACGCGCUGCGCCUGCUUGCAGAAGAGAUUGAAAAGUAUGAAGGCGACGAUUUGAGAAAAGAUGGCGACAUAAAGAAAUACCUAGAUAUCAUCAGCAAUAAAAAUAUCAAGCUCUCCGAAAGAGUUCUCAUUCCAGUGCAACAGUAUCCAAAGUUUAAUUUUGUUGGGAAGCUGCUGGGACCACGGGGAAAUUCCAUGAAGCGAUUGCAGGAGGAGACUGGGGUGAAGAUGUCCAUCCUUGGCAAAGGAUCCAUGAGGGAUAAAGGCAAGGAGGAAGAACUGAGGAAAGGCGGGGAGGCCAAAUACGCCCACCUGAGUAAUGAUCUGCACGUUUUAAUUGAAGUCUUCGCUCCACCUGGAGAGGCCUAUUCCCGCAUGAGUCACGCCUUGGAGGAGAUCAAAAAAUUCUUAGUCCCAGACUAUAACGACGAGAUCAGACAGGAGCAACUGAGAGAGCUGUCCCUGCUGAACGGCUCCGAAGAGUCGAGCAGGGGGAGGAGUGCACCGGGAAGGGGCGCGCGGCCGGCAGCCGCAAUAUCCACAAGGGGCCACAGAGGCACGGGGAGGAGGGCGGCAGCGGCGGCGGCGGCAGCAGCAGCGGCACCCCGGGGGGCAGCGGCAGCGUCACACAGCAAACUUCCCACGACCGGUUUAACGAGGGAGGGACAAGCUCCGAGAGCCAGGGGGGCGGCGGGGAGCGCUGCAUACAGGGUCCCGCUGUUAGCAGUCACACAUGAGUCCUAUGAUGACUACGGCUACGAUGAUGGAUACGGAGGAGAAUAUGACGACGAAAGUUACGAGCCCUACGAGGAUAACUACAGCAACCAGUCGAAGAGCAUUUCAGAUUACUACGAAUACGGACCUGCGACCAGUGAUGAAUCCUACAACAACUAUGAGGAGGAGUGGCCGACCGCCCGUCCCAGUCUCAAAGCCCCGGCUUUACGGCUGACGAGAGGGGGCUACAGGAAACAUCCCUAUGCUGCAGAUCAGUGUGUGUAUGCAGACACCUCACUUCCUGUUUGAUUUCAACUGUGGCCUGAUGCUUAUAACAGUAAAGGACAGAGAACCACACACUGAUAUGGACACAAAGGACCUGAUAAACUCCAUUAAAGGCAACAGAUGCGAAACUGAACCUUAAAGACCUGAACUCAACGUAACUGAAGUGACUCAAUCUCCCAAACAUUUGUUUAAAACAUGUUUAAUGUUCAGAAAAGUAAUUGCUACUGCUACUACCUGUGUGAAACUCUGAUGCUAAAAAAACGGAUGCGUCAGACUAAAGUUAGUGACAUUGUGAUUUGAAAAAAAAAAAAGA